UAUACAAAAGCAAUUAUUCAAAAUUUUGUUGUUUAGCUGUGACGAAGGAAACCAAACCGUACGUAAACCGGGAAUAAAAAGAACGCUAUAGAAUAAAUCGUCGACGCAAAAUUGUCGUGUGCUUUUCAAAAGUACGCCCGCUAGAAAAGUAGCAGUUUAUUUACCUUGCAACUUGCUAGCGUUUGCCUUUCCUUUAAUAAGCAUAUUUGAAUUAGGGGAGGGACGGAGGCGGUGAAUAUAUUAAAACAGUCGGUUUAACAGGCUGAAUUGUGUACACACAUAACGAGGAUUAAGAACUCUGCAUCAUUCUUGAAAGGGACCGUUGACUUAGUAUAGCAUAUUAUAACGUUUUCGCUGGAAAUGAAGAAUGGAAACGAAAGUUCGCCGUCAAGUGGAAAAUUUGAGGAAACGAAAGAUCAUGAGGUUUGUCACGAAAUUAACUUUGACAAAGACCCAUCUCGCAGGAUAGCGCUGUGUGUCGGCUGUGGAGCCCAAAUCACCGAUCAAUUCAUCCUAAGAGUUUCACCAGAUUUAGAGUGGCAUGCAACCUGUUUAAAAUGUUCAGAGUGUAAUGUCGCCCUGGACGAAAGCAGUACGUGCUUCGUACGCGAAGGAAAGACCUACUGCAAACGCGAUUACUAUAGAUUGUUUGGUUCGAAAUGCGCGAAAUGCAAUCAGGGUUUUAACAAGAAAGAUUACGUUAUGAGAGUUAAGAAUAAGAUAUUCCACAUGGAGUGUUUUCGAUGUGUCGCCUGUAGUAAGCAGCUACUACGUGGAGAGGAAUUUGCGCUCAGGGACAAUGGACUAUUUUGCAAGGCAGAUCACAUCAUAUUGGAAAAAGCUCGCGAACACUACAGUGCCGAAAACCUUCCCGCCUCGAUGAACACGGGUCGACCAACCUAUCAAAUCCGUCACGAGGCGAACAGUAAAAAGGUUGAAAAGACGACUCGUGUAAGAACUGUCCUCAACGAAAAACAGUUGCACACGUUACGGACGUGCUACGCUGCGAAUCCACGACCGGAUGCGAUGAUGAAGGAACAGUUAGUUGAAAUGACCGGCCUAAGUCCGCGGGUUAUUCGCGUAUGGUUUCAAAAUAAAAGAUGCAAAGAUAAGAAGAAGUCCAUACAGAUGAAACAGCAGGGCUCCAGAGCAGUUAGUUCACCAGAAGAUCAGUCAUCGUGUAGCUUAACAGACGGCUCAUCGAUUUCAUUACAACAAUCGCUGCAAGACCGGAAUAGUAUGGCGCAUGGGCUGGUUGCAUCGAGUCCAGACUCCGAUCCAGGUUACCAACCGUGGAAGGCGUUGAAUGAGUUCGCGAUGCAGUCAGAAAUUGAAAGAACACCAUUCGAACAGCUGGUAAAUUUUUCUGAGCAGAAUCCAAAUGUGACGUCGUUGCUAAGCAAUACAACCUGACGAUAUGAGCAUUCCCAGGAAACCAAAUAAAAUGGAUAAUUCUGAAAUUAGAAUAACAUCAUCAUAAAUUGUUUUGUGAGCUAAAAAUGAACCACGAAUAUACAAUGUUAAUAAUAUAAAUGCACAAUAUAAAAU